AUGGACUUUUCUCGGCUCCACAUAUACACGCCGCCUCAGUGUGUGCCCGAGAACACUGGCUACACAUAUGCACUCAGUUCCAGUUACUCUUCCGAUGCCCUGGAUUUCGAGACUGAGCACAGAUUGGACCCCGUGUUUGAUUCUCCGAGAAUGUCCCGGCGUAGCUUGCGCCUGGCUGCCACUGCGUGCGGCCCUGCAGGGGGCCAGGCGGGGGACACGGACUCCUGCCUCAGCGGCACAGCCUCCCUGAAGGACAGAACGGCCAGAACAGCAAAACAGCACAGAAGUGCGAGCAAACUGGCCUUUAGUGUAAACCGGCCCUCGAGGCAGGUUGCUGCUGGCCAGAGCGGCAGUCUGCAGGGCGCAGCCUGUCUACGGCCGCCCGUGCUGGACGAGUCUCUGAUCCAAGAGCAGACCAAAGUGGACCACUUCUGGGGUCUUGAUGAUGACGGAGAUCUUAAAGGUGGCAAUAAAGCUGUCGUUCAGGGAAAUGGCAAGGUGGCCGCAGACGCAGCCUGGAGCAACGGCUACACCUGCAGGGCCUGCACCCUGCUGUCCGAGCGCCAGGACACGCUCCGCGCGCACGGCGCCGCCUCCAGGGUCUACUCGAGGGACAGGAGUCAGAAACUGCAACUUUUUCGAGUGGUUUUAAUGAAGCUCAAUUAUGAAUCAGAAAAUCCCAAAUUGAAAAGCUAUGAAUCAAAAGAUCGUGAAUCAGAAAGCUAUAAGUCAGAAAGCCAUGACUCACAAGCUCGUUCCGAUCCCUGUGGGAGGAGGACAGUAACAGAGUUUCUCAGAGAGGACGGUGACCUCAGUGUAAAUGGGGAGUCGUGUCACGUCUCGGAGCGGGCGCUGCGGAGGACCGGAGCUGCAGUGUGGUCUGUGUCACAGGCCGUGUGGUCGGCCCUCUGGUUGGCCGCCGCGGCUCCAGGGAAGGCAGCCUCUGGCAUCUUCUGGUGGCUGGGAAGUGGCUGGUACCAGUUCGUGACUUUGAUUUCUUGGCUGAACGUGUUUCUUCUAACAAGGUGCCUUCGGAAUAUUUGCAAGUUUCUCAUUGUGCUCGUUCCACUACUCCUCUUCCUCGGUGCCGGCCUUUCCUUACGAGGCCAGGACGGCCUCCUCUCCCUCCUGCCUGUGUUCAACUGGACACACAUCCUCAGAACACAGAGAGUGGAUGACCCCAAAGACAUGUUCACACCUGAUACUUCUCACCUGAGCCAGCCUCCGGAGGGUGCUGCGGAGGCGUCUCCCUGGCGUUGGAUGAGUGAGGUGGAGAGGCAGGUGACCUCGCUGUCCGGACAGUGCCAGAGCCGUGAUGAGAAGCUGCGAGAACUGACGGCUUCGCUCCAGAAGCUGCAAGUGCGGGUGGACCAGAUGGACGACGGGGGCGCCGGGGUGUCGUCCCUGGUGACGAGCGUGGUGGGGCAGCACUUGAAGGACCUGGCAGCCGGCGGGCUGCUGGGCUCCCAGGCCGACUCGGGGACCUUCCACCACCAGCAGGAAUCGCGCAUCUCAGACUUGGAGGCCCUUCUGGGGAAGCUGGCGGGAAAGUUGGAGGCCAUCCAGAAGGAACUGGAGCAGACCAAGCGGAGGACAGAGAGCAUGCCCGGGCAGGAGCAGCACCUGCUGUCCGUGGUGGCGCAGCUGGAGCGCGAGCUGGAGCACCUGAGGUCGGACGUGGCGGCCUGGCAGCCUCUGAGGAGCAGCUGUGAGGAGGCCCACACAGUCCUCGGAAAGGUCGAUGCCCAAGUCCGAGAGAUGGUCAGACUCCUGCUUUCCGGCGACCAGCAGGACGGCUCCCUGGACUGGCUGCUGCAGAAGCUGUCUGCGCAGUUUGUCAGCAAGGGCGACCUGCAUGCUUUGCUGCGAGAGCUGGAGUUGCAGAUACUGAAGAACAUCACCCACCACAUUUCUGUGACAAGGCAGGGGCCAACCUCUAAAGCCAUCAUGGCCGCGGUGACCUCGGAGGGGACUUCCGGGAUCACAGAAGCGCAAGCCCGCAUCAUCGUGAACAACGCGCUCAAGCUGUAUUCCCAGGACAAGACCGGCAUGGUGGACUUCGCCCUGGAGUCUGGCGGGGGCAGCAUCCUGAGCACUCGCUGCUCAGAGACGCACGAGACCAAGACGGCGCUCAUCAGCCUGUUCGGCAUCCCCCUGUGGUACUUCUCCCAGUCGCCCCGCGUCGUGAUCCAGCCUGACAUCUAUCCCGGGAACUGCUGGGCGUUCAAAGGCUCCCAGGGCUACCUGGUGGUGCGGCUGUCGAUGGAGAUCCACCCGACCAGCUUCACGCUGGAGCACAUACCAAAGACGCUGUCGCCCACGGGCAACAUCACCAGCGCCCCCAAGAACUUCUCCGUCUACGGACUAGAAAAUGAGUAUCAAGAGGAAGGGCAGCUGCUGGGACAGUUCAUGUUCGACCAAGAGGGGGAGUCACUCCAGACCUUCCCUGUCCCGAAAAGACCUGAAAGAGCUUUCCAAAUAGUGGAACUUCAGAUUUUUUCUAACUGGGGCCAUCCUGAAUACACAUGUCUCUAUCGGUUCCGAGUUCACGGAGACCCUGUCAAGUAG